AUGGCAGUUAAGGCUCUAAACGACACAGCUGGCCCACACAGUCUAGUACCCACGCUGCUAGUCUUUAGGGCAUACCUAAGAAUUAACCUAAACUCUCUACUAUUGCUAGACAUUAUUGCACAAGCAAGCGCUGCACAAAAGGUCAAACUGUACUAUAGAGAAAAGGAGGAAGACAACCUACCUGCAACAGAUGACCUAGAUGAACUAAUCCCUGUACAAAGAGAUCCCCUAAAGAAGAGGAAGAGAGAACAGCCCUGCAAGAAUGUUGCAGAGGCAGAACUAGAACCACAACUAGCUAAGAGAGGCUGUGGGAGACCACGCAAGAAUCCUGUACAAGACAUAAUGUUCCUAACCUAG